AUGUCCGGUCUUCCGCCACAACCACCACCACCACCGUCAGAACCGUCGCAGACCGCCCUCACCACCCCGGCAACCGAUGCCCUCCUCGAGCCGCUGAACGACCUCCAAUCCCUUGCGCACACCCUAUUCGCCUCGCUCUCCCCCGCGCACACCAAGCCCCCGCCCGCGCCGCCGCUCACAGCCUUCCUCGAUGCGGACGCGCGGCUCGCGGACGCCGUCGCGCUAGCGCGCGUGCACCAGGCCCGCCAGCGCCGGAUCGAAGCGCUCAAGGCCGACAUCGGGAGGCUCGACGCGCGCUGGCGCGAUAUCUGCGCCGAGCUGGAACGCGGGCGGAGGGAACUCGAGGCGGCGAUCGAGGAGGGCGAGGUGCGCGUCCGCGCCAUGCAGAAGGCGAAGGACGCGGCGGUCCCGUACCCGGAGCUGCUCUCGUACGCGCAGGCGAUCAGCGCGUUCACCUCCGCGCCGCCCAACAUGCCCGCGCUCGCGCCGGGCCAGCCGCCCCCGCCGCUCUUCUUCCCGCCCUUUCCUAAUGAGGAGAAGAUGCGCCGCGGGCGGAUGAACGCUGAGGCGCCGUUAGGGAUCCUUGGCGAGACACACUCUGUUGGACGACCACCGACUGCGUCUCCGCCAAAGCAGGCGGAUCAGCUCCCCGCGAUGGGCCACGGAGCGAAUCCGUAUCGACCAGAGCAGCGGCCCCCGCAGCAGGUUUUCGACCUCGACUUGGAUCUCAAUCCCGAUUUGUGAACUGCACUAUGAGCAUGCACACAACCUGCGCCAUCCGCGCGACGAACCAGCUUCAUGGUCGUGAAUUGCUUGUGGUCGGCCCAUGAUUGGAAAGAGUCGCGUCCCAAACCCCGAUGCGAACGGUCUACGUAGCUGUUCUGGUGGUACUAAGCACGUUUGCGCCGGCGAUGACAUGUAUGUUUCAGAUAGGCAAAUGCGCAAUUAUUCGUAAAAG